AUGACAGUUGCUUCUAUGUUAUUCUCAUGCUCUAUGCAUGUGGGAGUUUCUAAUCCAAAGAUGUCUUCAAAAACCUCUGCCUGUUGUUUGCUGAACCGGCCAUGGCUACCGAGUCGUUCGAUGUCUGUUUCGUCAUGUGGGCAGUUUGGAGUUUCGGAAAAAUCGAAACUUUUGUGCCGGGCAGGUGCACUUCAAGUUGAAAGUGCACCUUUGUUUUCUGUUGGGCAGAAGUUUCAACUUGAUGAUGUGAUUGAGGCUCAACAGUUUGAUAGAGAAACUCUCAGUGCGAUAUUUGAAGUUGCUAGGAGUAUGGAGAAUAUUAGGGGUAACUCGUCGGGGAGCCAAAUGCUUAAGGGUUACCUCAUGGCGACAUUGUUUUACGAGCCUUCUACUAGAACUAGGCUUUCAUUUGAGUCUGCAAUGAAAAGAUUAGGUGGUGAUGUUUUGACAACUGAAAAUGCUAGGGAGUUUUCGUCUGCGGCUAAAGGAGAGACGCUCGAAGAUACUAUAAGAACGGUUGAAGGUUACUCUGAUAUAAUUGUAUUGCGCCACUUUGAAAGUGGUGCAGCAAGAAGAGCUGCAGCGACGGCUAACAUUCCGGUUAUCAAUGCAGGGGAUGGUCCAGGACAGCAUCCCAGCCAGGCGUUGUUAGACGUUUAUACCAUUGAACGAGAGAUAGGAAAACUGGAUGGAAUUAAAGUUGGGCUUGUCGGAGACCUUGCUAAUGGAAGGACAGUUCGCUCACUUGCUUACUUACUUGCCAAGUACCGUGACGUUAAAUUAUAUUUCGUAUCUCCUAACGUGGUUAAAAUGAAGGAUGACAUAAAAGAGUAUCUGACAUCAAAAGGAGUGGAGUGGGAAGAAAGUUCUGAUUUGAUGGAAGUGGCUUCUAAGUGCGACGUGGUUUAUCAAACUCGCAUUCAGAAGGAAAGAUUUGGAGAGAAACUUAACCUUUACGAAGAAGCAAGAGGAAAGUAUAUUGUGAAUCAAGAUGUUCUAAAAGUGAUGCAAAAUCAUGCUGUUGUAAUGCACCCUCUUCCCAAACUCGACGAAAUUGAAGCUGAUGUCGAUAAUGAUCCAAGAGCUGCUUAUUUUAGGCAGGCAAAGAAUGGUUUAUACAUUAGGAUGGCUCUAUUGAAGGUUUUGCUUCUUGGAUGGUGA